CUAACAACAUCAUCACCAAAGAAAUAAACGUACGUUGCAACACAACCCGCCAAUUCCUGCAGGCAAUGCCUUCUCCUCUACCAGAACAUGCAUUGGUAACUCUGCUGAGACAGUGCUAUAUCACCCCACGAUGUCAAGCCUCUAAAACGCGUUCGACGAGACUGUUACAUAGCUCCACGAGAGCUCUCCAUGCUGUCCCUCCAAGCUGUCGACCGCGGCAUCGACUUGUUCCUCGGCGUGGGAGCCAACGGAAUAGCUGUCACGCGGAUACAAAACUUGCGGCGGAGCUUCGAGGCCCAUCUGCGAUAAGGAUAGGCAGUGAUGCUGUCCAGGACUCGAACUCGUCAGUAUUGUUCGCGGAGCAUGGACACGAUGGUCAAGGACGCGAGCAGGACACAAGGAUAGCUAUCAUUGGAGGUGGAAUCACAGGACUCACUGCCGCACACUAUAUAACGAGGGAGCUGUCGCAUGCCAAAGUCACAAUAUACGAGGCGGGGAGCAGGGUGGGAGGAUGGCUGCAGAGCGAAUAUAUUGAUGUUAAGGAUGGAAAGGUACUGUUGGAGAAAGGACCGAGGACUCUACGACCGAAUACUGAGGCUGCUCUUGUUACACUGGACAUGAUCCAAAACCUUGGGAUGAAGGACGAAUUACUCGUUAGCUGGAAAACGUCUCCUGCUGCACAAAACCGAUUUAUCUACUACCCCGACCAUCUGGUCAGAAUGCCUGGCCCUGGGCAGAGUAUUUACGAUAUGUUGUGGACUGUGAUAACGGAACCGGCCUUUAAGGGAUUACUUAGUUCUUUAUAUGAGUACAAACGACCGCCUCGACCAGCCAGCGUUGAAGACGAGUCCGUCAGCUCUUUUCUCACCCGACGUACUGGGGCACCACAUAUCGGAAAUAAUCUAGUUUCAGCUGUUUUCCAUGGUAUCUACGCAGGAGAUAUUGAAAAACUCAGCGCUAAAAGUUUAUUUGCCUUACUAUAUCAUUAUGAGAAAAUGUUUGGUAGCGUAGGCGAAGGCUACUUUGACUCAAGGAAGAAUAUGUAUAGUUGGACCUUGAGUAAAGACAAAGAGCUGCGGAAAGAAAUGGAGCCCAAGGUUAAGGACCUUUUGAACGAGUUGCGUAUGGCCAGUGUGUUCUCGUUUAAAGAGGGAAUUGGCUCUUUCACCGAUGCACUUGAGAAUUCAUUAAGAGCGAAUCCAAAUGUUCAAUUCAGGACGAAUGACAAGAUCACAUCUCUCGAACACGAUGUUGAGAGCAACAGCAUCAAGAUCAAAUCAGCAUCCACCCAAAACUACACCCAAGCAAUCUCCACCAUCUCAAGCCGAACCCUCUCCACCCUCUCCGCCGACCGCCUCCCCAGCCUAGCCUUAACCCCCGCCGUCACCGUAAUGGUAGUAAACCUCUACUACACCGACCCAACCAUCCUCCCCGAGCAAGGUUUCGGCUACCUCAUCCCGCGCUCGAUCCCCUACGCCCAGAACCCCGAAUGCGCCCUCGGCGUCGUCUUCGACUCGGACGCCAUCCAAGGCCAGGACACCGCGCCCGGCACGAAGGUAACCGUCAUGAUGGGCGGCCACUGGUGGGACGGCUUUGACGCCUACCCGGACGAAGACGAAGGCGCCGCUAUGGCUAUGUCUGUGUUGAAACGGCAUCUCAAUAUCGAUGUCCCGCCUGCCCUGAUCCGGGUCUCGCUGCAGAAGGAUUGUAUCCCGCAAUACACCGUGGGACACGAUGCGCGCAUGAGGAAGGGUCAUGAGGAGGUCAAGGAUGUGUUUAAGGGGAAGCUGGCUGUGGCGGGGAAUAGUUACACGGGGGUGGGGAUGAAUGAUUGUGUGCGGGCGGCGAGGGAUGUGGUGGUGGGCAUUAAGAAGGGUGAGUCGCCCACGGGGUUAGAGGGUUUUGUGGGAGCGAGGUGGGAGAAGAAGUAUAUGGGAGCGAGGAAGCGUCCUGUUAGUAGGCCUGUAUGAUUUAUGUAUAGGAUAGAUAAAGGGUCAAAAGUGUGUUGUUAUAAACCGGCCACAGCUCGCCUUUCUACUGCGUCUGCAUCUGGGCCAGCGGGAGUCUGGUAUGAUAAAUCCUAAUAGUGUGGCGUUUGUAUGGUCGAGAUCUCGUCCGAUGCAGCUCAAUAAAGUCAUAACAGGUAUCACACAGGAGGAUGAGCAUAAACAGAUUUCGUGCACAACAGUAUCGGUAUUAGAAACACUCAAAGCAGAAACUUUUGAUACUCAAUACU